CCGAUUAUUAGUUUGGAAGGCAUCAUUUUACUACUUCUUUUCUCUUUAUUCCAAGUUACCUCACAAAAACGGUAACAAUACCAACAUAGUUUCCUUUUCAUUCACAAUAUAAGAUAUACAGGAUAGUAAAAGAUACUUUAUUAAUUUAAGCAACAAAAAUGCCUGUAAAAAUGACCACAAUACAAGGACAUUUAACUUCAUUCUCUCACACCAUGAAUAAAUUUAAAGCAAUGGACAAGGCGAAUAAUCCACAAGGUGUUAAACCAAACUUUGCCUCUGGCGGUAAGGGCGGACAACCUAAUGCAAAACAAAUUAUGCUUGAUUGGUGUCGAGCUGCAACUAAAGGAUAUGAGGGCGUGGAUAUACAAAACUUUGGAAGUAGCUGGGGUGAUGGUUUAGCAUUCUGCGCAUUAAUUCACCAUUUCUAUCCGGAUUCAUUCGACUUUUCUACCUUAGAUCCAAAAAAUAAACGAGCUAACUUGGAAUUAGCAUUUGAAAAAGCUGAAAAACUUGGUAAUGUUGCUCCACUACUUGAUAUUGAAGACCUAAUGCGUAUGAAAGUACCUGACUGGAAAUGUGUUUUUACACAAAUCCAAUUGUAUUAUCGAAGAUUUCAUUUAGAGGAGGGGAAAAAUGCAACUGUUCCCCCGACUGGUAUCCUUUCUAAGGCUGCUCCACAAACACAGAAAUCAGAAAAUGAAUAAUCAUGUGUAUGGUUAUUUAGAUUGAUAAAUGUAUCUUAAACAAGAGGAAAAUGAAGUUUGAUUUUCAAUAUACACUCAAAUGAUAUUCUUAAUGGAAAUGAAAAGCUUUUAUUCCUGAAAUUUAUUUCACUAGUCUGUUUUGUAUCGUUCAGUGAUACAUCAAUAUUUGCUUUGCCAUUUAC